AUCACGGCAAGAUAUUCAUAUAUACUCCGACAAUUACGGCAUGUGGCCUUAGUAGACCAUAUUCUCAGUAACUGGCGAAGGCUCAGGAGUCUGUGCAGGGGAAAAUCCUUAUUGAAGAAGAAGAGCGCACGGGGCGACGCCGAGAAAUCUUGCAGAAACCGAGAAGCUUCCCUCGCAGUGGAAAAUGGGCGACGGAAAUGUUUUUAUCCUUGAUAAUGGUGCCUUCUACGCGAAACUGGGAAUGUCGGAUGAGGACGAACCAAAAACGAUCCUCAACUGUAUAACAAAAGCCAAGUCCGAGCGCCGACGGCCUUUCGUUGGCAACCAGAUCGACGAGUGUCGCGAUGUGUCGGGCCUGUUUUACAUCCUGUGCUUCCAACGGGGCUACCUCGUGAACUGGGAUGUGCAGAAAACGGUGUGGGACUACUUCUUCAGCUCCGAGUGCUAUCCGGUUCAAUUUUCCGAAACACCACUGCUGAUCACAGAGGCUCUAUUCAACUUUGGUUCCAUCCAGGAGGCCAUGCUAGAAAUCCUGUACGAAGAGUAUGACUGUGAUGCGGUCUGCAAAGCUACGGCGGUUGAUUUAGCGGCCUUCAACUACACACAUGGUCCUGAGACGAUGGACCGCAAGAAACCCCUGUGCUGUGUGGUGGUCGAGACGGGGUUCAGUUUUACUCACAUCGUUCCCUUCAUCAAGGGGACCAAGGUACGGGAAGCGAUUCGACGGAUCGAUGUCGGUGGCAAGCUGUUGACGAACCACCUGAAGGAGAUCAUCUCGUACCGGCAGCUGAACGUGAUGGACGAAUCGCACGUCAUUAAUCAGGUGAAAGAGGAUAGCUGCUUCGUGUCGCAGAACUUUGUGGAAGAUAUGCGCAUCGCCCGGAAGCGCUUCCCGGACAAUACGAUUGUGAGGGAUUAUAUGCUUCCGGAUUAUACGCAGAUCAGGCGAGGCUUUCUACGGAAACCCAACGAACAACCAUCGGAAGCUGUCGAAGGAGGAGAAGAGUUGCAAGCGAUCCGGUUAGGUAAUGAGCGAUUCGUUAUCCCGGAGAUACUGUUCCAUCCAUCGGACGUCGGUAUACAGCAGAUGGGAAUCCCGGAAGCGAUCGUUGACGCGAUCAAUGCCUGCCCUGAAGAAACUCGGCCACAUCUGUUCGCCAACAUACUCGUGUGCGGUGGGUGUGCACUUUUCCCGGGCAUGCAGACGCGAGUGGAGAAGGAUGUACGAGCGUUAGCUCCAGACGAGUACGAAGUGAAUGUGUUGGUGCCAAAGAACCCUAUAACGUACGCCUGGCAGGGUGGUAAACAGUAUUCGCAGUCUCUCAGCUUCCUAAAGUCCUGUAUGAGCCGCAACCAGUACGAGGAGUACGGCACGAAGCAUCUGGUGGAGAAGUACGAGAGCUAGCGCAGAAGGAAACGAUAGGGCACGCAGAUCGUGGUUUGUCAGGGAGCUAUCAGCGCGUGAUUAGCAGGCCCUGGCGUUUCUCCGAUGCUAGAGAAUGAAAGGAUCCAUCAACGCAAAUGCACUAGGGUGUGGCGAUAGUGGACGAAACAGAUGCCUCAUGCAGGAUGCGUGCCAGAGAUGUGG